GCCAGAGAAUGUCUAGCGCUAGCAGAGCCGCUAUUCUCUAGAAACGAAGACUUCACUGGUUACCUAGCCGACUUAGCUAAGGAAAGCAAAGGGAUCUAGGUAGAUUGCAAAGAAAUUGAAGAAGUGGAUGUUUAUCUCUCAGUGUGUCAAUCUGAUCUUCAUGACUCAUUGCAAGAUUUGAAUUUCUCUCUGCAACAUGAGCAGUACAAUUCAAAGAAAAAGAAGGAACGCAACUCCAUCUAGUUCCAGAAGCAACGCUAAGACAAGCCGGACGGGUAGCGUGCCAGCAGCUUCGGCUCCAGACCCGAGCGAGACCAUGGAUGUUGCCGAAAGCAGCAGAGCAAGCAGUGAAGAAGACGUGGUGGACCUUACCUGUGAGGGCUCUGAGCCAGCAGCCGUGGUGGACCUGACCAAUAAUGACUCUGUGGUGGUAGUAGAUGAAGCUCCGGUUCUUUCCCUCUCCGCAGGCCCUCACAGCCGGCGUGCGCUCGACAGCGAGAGCUACGUGCUCAGUAGCGACGAGGAGGAAGAGGACACCAACGCGGCCCUCAACGCGGCUGUGCUCUCCUCCCUUCAGGCUAGCAGCAGAGCCAGGUCUACCCCUGGAACUGUCAGCUGCCCAGUGUGUAUGGACACUUAUGGAGAGAUCAUUGAGAGUGGGAGACUGGUGGUCUCCACAAAGUGUGGUCACCUCUUCUGUAGCCAGUGCCUCCGUGAUUCACUGACCAGAUCCCACACCUGUCCCACCUGUAGAAAGAAACUGACCCAUAAGCAAUAUCACCCCAUAUACAUCUGACGACAACACCAUAUAUUUUCAUUUAGCAAACUUGUGUCAAAUUACAUUUAGUCAUUUAAUUGAGUACUGUGUUGUCGAGAGCAAUCAUGAGAUUACAUCUGAGCUGGGUUUAGCAUAAAGGACAAAAAGAGGUUGCAAAAAUUGCUUGACUCAGUACAACACCAGAGCCUAAACCAGCCUAUAGAUUCACCUCAUACACCCCCCCCCCCCCUCCCACCCACACACACACACACAUUCACAUGCACACAUCUGGUUGAUGUUACACAGCUUUUGUCUACCUCUGCGAUGUUAAGUAGCAUGAGCAAAACAUUCUGAUGCAAGCACACAGUCAUACAAUGUUUAAUUUAAUUACAUUUUUUGUUCUGAAGCAACCAGUAAAGGGGCAAUUGUGACCUUUGGCUAGAUACCUCAAAUGUUGAGCUAUAAUAUCAUUUGGAAAUAAUGGGCUAAAUCUUUCAUAUUUAUUUCCAUCACUUUGAGGAAAUCCACAUUAAGACCAAUUGUUUAAGUUAUGUGGAAAAUGGGUCUUACUGCUGAUGAAAAGUUAGAUGCCAGUGAGGCUUGGGUUGUGAAAACAUUGUUGCUGCUGUAAAUAAUGUUGUAUGUAUUGUAUAUAUUGUUGAAUAAGUGAAUCUAAACAAAUGUAUCGUCUACGAUAUUGUCCAUCUUCAAUAAAAUGUCACAUUUUUCAUUGUAAAA